UAUUCUCGUUUGACGUGUUAUUUGGAAUUCCAUUCAUCAAGUCUACGAAUAUGUGUACCAGUUCCUGCAGCAAGUAGUGAGCGUAGUGCGGCGCUCGCGUACUGACGGCUAUAUCGGGCGCGAAUAGAAUGGCAGAGAAUACGAGCGACGCUUCACGAGAGCAGGCGGCGACGGCGGCGGCGGCGCCGGCGAUGGUGACGGUGCGCGCGGCGCGAGCCGACGACAUGCCGCGCAUCCACACCUUGAUACACGAGCUGGCCGUAUACGAGGGCAUGCCGGACGGGCCGCAGCUCAGCGUUCAAGAUUUGAUCAGGGAUGGUUUCGAGAGCCCUUCGCCGUGGUUCUUUGGUCUGGUGGCGGAGAAGCAGGGCGAGGUGGUGGGGCACGCGCUGUGCAACCGGGCCUACUCCAGCUGGACGUGCCGCGCCUACUACAUCGAAGACCUGUACGUGGUGCCGAGCAUGCGGCGCGCCGGCGUCGGCAUGAGCUUGUUGCGGCACAUCUGCCAGAUGGCGCUGCAGGAGAACGUGCACCGCAUCGACUGGCACGUGCUGGAGAGCAACGCGGCCGCGCUGUCGUUCUACGCGCGGCUGGGCGCGCGCGACAUGCGAACCAGCGAGGGCCGCGCCGCGCUGCGCCUCGACCGCGCGCGCAUACACCUGCUCGCGCACCACACGCCGCCCGCCCCCGCCCCCGCCCCCGCCCCCGCCCCCGCACCCGCACCCGCCACCGCACCCGCACCCGCCUCCUGAUUCGUCAAUACCACUCUGUUUUUGCAUACGUUUAUUAACAAGUAACUUUUGCCCUCGACUUCGUUCGCAUGGAGUUCGCUUAUACUGCAAACCCCCUUUUU